AUGUCUACCCUAUCUUUUUCACUCAGUUUGCUUAGCUGGGAGCAGUCAGAAGGGGUUGGAGCAUGGGUCCGCAGAAGCAUUGGCUGACCUUAGUUUAAAAAUCUGGAUCCAUUUUUACUGUUUGAUGAAUUUAAAGGCGGUAGACCAGGUGGAUUUCCUGAUCACCCACACUGAGGUUUUGAAACAGUGUAUUACCUCCUGGAAGGGGGUAUCAUGGCCAGCGAAGACUUCUGUGGACAUGCUGGUCAGUUGAACACAGGAGACCUACAGUGGAUGACCAUGGGCUGGGGCAGUGCGGAGAUGCCUUGCUCGGAGGAGUCAGUCCAUGGCCUACAGCUGUGGGUUAAUUUGAGGAGCUCACAGAAGAUGGUGGAGCCUUGGUACCAGGAAGUAAAAAGCAGCAAAAUCCCUAAACGUAAGGAUGGUGUUACUGUUGCUGUCAUUUCUGGAGAAGCCCUGGGAAUCAAGUCCAAGAUUUACACUUACACACCAACUUUAUAUUUGGAGUUAAGAUUGGACCAAGGAGCAAAGCAUUCCCAGCCUAUUCCUAAAGGGUGAUCAAGCUUCAUUUAUACCAUAUCUGGAAACGUGCAUAUUGGACCUAACACCCAACAAAAGAUAGAACCUCAUCACACAGCUGUGCUGGGGGAAGGUGACAGUGUCCAGGUGGAGAACAAGGAUCCUGAGAGAAGCCACUUUGUCCUAAUUCCUGAGGAGCCAUUAAGAGAACCAGUUGUUGGGCUUUCCUGGUGGUGCAGUGGUUCAUUUUUGAUGCACACAAAUGAAGAGAUUUCUCAGGCCAUUCUUGAUUUCAGAAAUGUGAAAAAUGGCUUUGAAAGAGCUAAAACCUGGAAAUCAAAGACUGGAAACUAGUGACAAGCACAAGGGCAGGUCUGGCUGCCUUCUAGAAUUUUCCAUCUGUGGCAUCCACCAGUUCAGUGCAUCCAGUUUCCAAAGUUGCCAGUGCUUCUAAAGAAUU